AUGAGGCAUCGCGACUUCGGCCUAGAGCAGGAGAAGGAACAGGGAGGUUUUAAUGGAGAUACAAAAUUAAAUUGGCGUGUUCGAGUUGGCUCUUCUUUCGCCAAUAGUGGCGGGAUUGUACACACGGUUUCGGCCAUUUUCGUCCAUCCCAACUUCAACCAGCGCAUUAUUGACAAUGACGUGGCAAUCCUACGAACUACUAACUUCAUUGAGUACGGAAAUGCAGUACAACCUGCGUCAAUAGCUGGGUCCUUUUAUAACCUACCUGAUAAUGCAGUCGUGUGGGCAGCUGGAUGGGGCACUACCUCUAAGGUUGGUGGACGAAGAAUCACGAUGCGUGUUUUUAUUGCUCUCUUGGGCUGUAUAGCUGCUGUUACAGCGGUCCCAGCAUUCCCGCAGCGAAUUGUGGGCGGCUCAUUGACCACCGUCGACCAGUACCCUACCAUCGUGUCUCUUCUGUUCUCAUGGAGUGCUACCAGCUUCUUCCAAAAUUGUGGUGGUACCAUCAUCACCAACAGAGCUAUUCUGACCGCUGCCCAUUGCCCAUUCCGUGAUUCCGCCUUAAGCUGGCGUGUUCGUGCUGGAUCUUCUUAUGCUAACAGUGGCGGUACAGUCUACGCUUUAGACUCUAUCAUCAUCAACCCUAACUACAACACAUGGUCCAUGGAUUUCGAUGUGGCUAUCAUGCGCACCAGUCAAGUAAUCUCCUUUAAUAGUGUAGUCAAGGCUGCUUCCGUCGCCGGUCCUAACUAUAACCUCGCUGACAAUCAGGUUGUUUGGGCUGCUGGUUGGGGAACCACUUCUUCUGGUGGCCCUGCAUCCGAACAACUUCGCCACGUCCAGAUUUGGACUGUGAACCAAAUAGCUUGCCGCGAUCGCUAUGCCGCAGGUGGUGCUACCAUCACCGACAACAUGUUGUGCUCUGGAGUUCUAGACGUUGGCGGUCGCGACCAGUGUCAGGGUGACUCUGGUGGUCCUCUCUACCACAAUGGCAUCGUUGUUGGUGUUUGUUCCUGGGGCUUUGGUUGUGCACAACCACAGUAUCCUGGCGUCAACGCUCGUGUCUCUCGCUUCAGUUCAUGGAUCCAGGCUAACGCUUAA